UCAAACAGUAAUUAUAACCUCAUAUCCUUAACCUCAAUUAAUUGAGAGAGAUGUAUGAUUUAUUGGGCAUUUCAGCUUUAUUUAACCUAUAAAAAUGAGUAGAAAAGAGUUACUUUCAAAAAUUGGCUUACGUGCCGAUGGAAGAAGAGCCCAAGAGCUGAGAAGAAUUCGCUGUAAACUUGGAGUCUUCACAGAACCCGAUGGAAGUGCGUAUAUUGAACAGGGUCUAACUAAAGUAUUAGCUGCCGUUUAUGGACCACAUCAGGUACGAGGUGGUCGAUCUAAAGCACAAUAUGAUGCUGCAAUUGUAAAUUGUCAGUUUAGUAUGGCAGUAUUUUCAACUGGUGAGCGUAAAAGAAGACCUCGAGGUGACAGAAAAUCUACAGAAAUGUCGAUUCAUUUAAAGCAAGCCCUAAUGGCUACAAUUAAAACAGAAUUAUAUCCUUGGUCACAGAUUGAUGUUUAUGUUGAAGUACUUCAUGCUGAUGGAGGUGUUUAUGCAGCUUGUGUUAAUGCUUCAACAUUGGCUCUCAUAGAUGCAGGUAUUCCAUUGAAAGAAUAUGUUUGUGCAUGUACUGCUAGUUUAGCAAAUAAUGACAUUCCUAUGGUAGACAUUUCCUAUCAAGAGGAAGUUCUAGGGGGGCCCACAUUAACGGUCGCCGCUUUACCAAUGUCUGAAAAAAUCGUUUUAAUGGAAAUGACGCAACGAUUUCAUCUUGAUCACUUACCAAAAGUGUUGAAGGAAGCUUUGAGAGGUUGCAAAGAUAUAAAGGUAAUAUUAGAUGAGGCAGUAAGGAAUCAUUUAGUUAACGUAGGCAGCUCAAGUGGUUGGGUUAAAAACAAAUAAUAGAUAAAUAAAUAAAAGUGUAUUUAGAUUGAGUGUAUAAAAUAAAUGAUAAAAUAUCUUCUA